CAUUUUGAUCCUGAGCAGCUCUCAUACGUGAAACCAUCAGAAGAUAGACCGAAUGAUCGUCAGCCAUAUGCUGUUCGCCAUGAGAGGCUCGAGCACCGCUGUUCUGGGAGCUUGUUGGGCAAUGGUGUACGCAUGAGCUGUGGUGGGGUUUCUACACGGUCUGUUUUGAUGCGACCAUUGUGAGGCUUGCUCACUAUUGCCGCAGCAUCACCGCAAUAAAGAGUACAAUCACAUACCGUGUAUGCAGUGCUACCGCGGAGGUAGUAAUGCAGUUGAUCUUUGAUCACCCUUUGCUGAAGUCAGUUCGCUGCGAUGAGAAGUCGUGUAGGAAUUGUCCUGUCUCUCUCGCUCCUCUGGGCCUCUCUGCGGGCAUCAGCUCUCACACUCGUGAACAUCACUGUGGACGACAACGACCCUAGCGUCAUCUACGCGCCAUCUGACGACUGGAGCUUUGGACCGAGCUGUUCUACGUGCACGGCGCGCGUAGACGCGAGUCAGGCCUUCAACGGGACAUGGCACGACACGCUUUUCUCCCCGAGUGAUCCGAGCGAGGACGAGACUCAGACUGCCGAGCUUUCCUUCAUUGGCUCUGCGAUCUAUGUUUACGGCAUCCUCUCAAAUGCAAUGAACAACCCGAGCGGAAACGCGGAUCAGGUGUUUUUCGUCGAUGGUGUACGCGCUGGGAACUUCACGCACACGCCGAGCGGUGAUGGGUCGUUCGAGUACAGCGUUCUCCUCUUCUCAGCCCAGCUUCCGAACGGUUCGCAUAACCUGACGCUCCAGAAUGGCCAGCCAACCGACGUUUCGUCGUUGAUUCUGCUGGACUACUUUGUGUACACGACUGCCGGAAUCGUUACUGCGCCCUCCAGCUCAAGCAACAGCAUCUCGACGUCAGCAUCAACUUCGGUUGCGUCAACAGGACAAGUUGUGUCUUCAACUCCAUCGUCUCCACCAGCUGCCUCUUCCAGCGCCUCGGGCAACGCAUCCGGAAGUUCAGCGUCGAGACGGAGAACCAUCAUCAUCGUGGUUGUCGUGAUAUGCAUUGCUGUAGUUGCGUUGCUCGCACUGUUCGUCUUAUUACGACAUCGCCGAUUCUCAAGGCGCAACAUGACAGACCCCUCAGCAUUCCCGCCGGAGGCUUUCUCGAUCAACCCUACGAUCCGCGACGGCUGUCUCUGCGCCGCGCAAAGGUGCUCUCCAGUACCACAGCAUACUGACAGAGGUGUCAGCUCCGGAAAGCUCUGUUGUCCCGCCGACGGACGAGAGCGAGUCCUCAGUCGCGCCACUUCUGGCUAUGCCCACGGCCGUGCCAGCUCCAUCAUCUCUGUCGCACACAGGCAUCGCGUAUCCGCCUGUGCCUGGACUUGCGCCUCCAGGCACAAUGCCCUCCGCACACGCGGGUGGGGCGUUCUCGCCUGUCAUGUUCUCACCCUUCUCGUCGGACGCGGCGCAGCACGGUUGGUCUCUUGCGUUCGUGCGCACGGGCGCGCCGAUGGGAGACGCGUCCGAGGGCGGGCUGCCGCCGUACGAAGUGGGUACUCCUGGAGGGGUGGCUGUGUAGCCGAAUAGCGGGAAAGCCGUGCCGUCUAUGUGAAGUCCCGAUGGAAAUGCCGGAUUUCCAUCUCUAGAUUCAUGGUUCCCGUUAUGGUUUCUGCUAAUUUCGGGGGCUCGUUUGUCUGAUUCACAUCGCUGGCGGACGGAUGUCGGUGGUCGCGAGACCCUGUCUAGUUCCC